UUGUACGAGUCGAACUUGCAACAGUGAUAUUUCAAAACUGUUAACUGUAAGAUUGUCAAAUCUUCGAAAUAAUAUCGAAAAAAAUUAAAAAUGAAACUUCUCGCGGUUUACACAAUCGCACUGCUGAUUGGUAUUCAUAACGCUAUUAACGUCGAUCCUGAAUGUGUAGGAAUUCGUAAUGGAAGUACUUUUCGACAUGUAAAAGAUUGUGCGCGGUAUUAUUCUUGCAGAGAAGGAAAGUUCGAAGCUCACACAUGUCCAGCUGGGCUAAAUUGGGACCAAAGACGGCGUGUAUGUCUACCACCGGACAUGGUUUUGUGCCAACUAGGUCCGUUCUUACCAACUACUGAUCCUAAGCCAAUCUGGACUACACCACCAUCCGUCGCAACAACAGUAACUGUUGCGAUUAACCAGAAUGAAGAACCCGUCAAUGCAUACAAAUGCCCAUCCUUUGGAGUAUCAAGUGUCCCGCAUCAGCACAGCUGUGCUAAAUAUGUAAUGUGUUUUGACGGCAAACCAGUAGUUCAAAACUGUGCUCCGGGUCUGCACUUCAACUCUCAAUCUCAACAGUGCACCUUUCCAAUAAACGCAAAAUGCGUUCUGCAAGAUGGCAUCUGUCCCGCCAACAACGACAAACUAGUUUUCAUUGCUGAUAAAUUCGACUGUGCCAAGUACUACUACUGCUACAAUGGAGAACCCCACGAGAACAGCUGCGGAGAUGGCCUUCACUGGGAUCCCGUUAAUAAUUGGUGUACUCCCGUUGAGCGCUCACAUUGCACCAAUUUUUCUCCAUUCAAGGAAAUCGAUGAACCAUUCUUGACUCCAAAAACUGUUCCCUGCGGAAAUCCAUCCGCUCACUGGGUGGAACAUCCGAGAAGCUGCCGCCAUUAUUACCUUUGCUACAAAGGGAAAGCAACUCUAAAACGUUGUGACGACGGUCUGUACUGGGACUACAAGCAAGGAUCAUGCAACUAUGGAAUACUGUCGAGUUGCAAUAAAGCCACCAUCGCAGCCAGUUGUGCAACAGUGUUUGAAAUUGAAGUGGCAGCUGAUCCCAUUUCAGGAUGUGGACCUUGCAACAAAAAAACGGUUACUGAAAGAUUUUUUCAAAGCAUGUACAAUAAUAUCUUGCGAUGUUUUGCAAUAGUUACCAUAGUUUCUUUCGCCACCGGUGAGUUCGAUCCAUUAAUUUGCAUGAACCUACCGGAUGGCACCAAAGUUCCUAGUCCGACAGUUUGCAAUCAAUUCUAUGUGUGCGAGGACGGAAUGCUAAGCGAAGAAGGAAUAUGUCCCCCGAAUAUGCUGUUUAAUCCUGACAAUGAGGAGUGUGAUUUCCCUGAAAAUGUGGACUGUGGAGAUGUUCCUCUACCUCCGGAAAUGGAAACUGAGGCUCCAACCGAAGGUACAACUGAAUCAGCAAUGACAACUGAUUCCACGGCAGCAAUGGAAAGUUGUCCAGAAAAUGAUCCACCCGAACCGUUAUUUCUGUCCGUCCCCGAUAAUUGCAAUGCUCAUAUCUUGUGCUAUCAAGGCAAAGAAGUUUUACUAGAGUGCACUGCUGGACUACACUGGAAUAUAGAAACUAAGAAAUGUGAUUAUCCGGCAAAUGCUAACUGCGCUGAACCGGAUGAAUUUGGUUGCCCUAAGAAUGGCAUAGAUUUUCUCGCUCAUCCAGCUAACUGCAGGAAAUAUAUAUACUGUAGGGACGGAUUUUCGCGAGUGCAAAGCUGUACGUUUUUGCAUAAAUUUGAUCCCACCAAGAAAACCUGCACAAUUGAUUAUGAAUGCUAAGCAUAGUUGUUAAUUCUUCAAAUAGAGAGAUAUGUAAGGGUAAUCUCAAAACAGACUUUCA